UAGAGUGCAGCUAGUUGACAGAAACCCGUCACAGAACAUCGAUAUGACGAGCUACAAAGUGGAACAAAUCCCGGAACCUCAUUUACUACUGGGCGAGGGUCCCCAUUGGGAUGGUCAACGUCUAUCCUUGUACUACGUGAGCCUGCCCGAGGCUACCAUUCACCGGUUGGAUUACAGGCAGAAUAAGGUGUACAAUGCCACUGUUGAGGGCUGCAAGUAUGCCUCAUUUAUUAUUCCGGUGAAAGGAAGGAGCAACGAGUUCGUCCUGGGCGAUGGCACUCGUUUGGUGAUUGUGAGCUGGGAUGGAAUUUCUGAGAAGGCUCAAGUGGUAAAGGUAUUGGCUGACCUUGGUGAGAAGGCAGCCGGUCAUAGAUGGAAUGAUGGGAAGGUCGAUUCCUGCGGUAGACUGUAUGCUGGAACAAUGAUAAAUGAAGAAGAUGGAAGAAAUCCGUUCGAAGCGAAUACUGGGCGCUUUUACAGAUAUGACGCAAGGAGUGAAAGUUUCGUCGAACAGCUGUCUGGAUUGUUUAUUUCCAAUGGUCUGGUUUGGAAUGAUAAGAGCAAAAAAUUCUUCUUCAUCGAUUCUGGCACACAUGACAUAAAACAGUUUGAUGUAGAUGCUUCUGGAAACAUAGUUAACGGAACAGUCUGGUUCGACCUAAAGGAAAAUGGGAAACGUCCUGCUUAUUUUUUCGAUGGUAUGACCAUCGACACAGAAGGAAAUCUCUAUGUGGCAGUUUUCCAUGGAGCCACAGUAGUCAAGAUAAGUCCGAAUGGCAAAAUUAUACAAGAAAUCAAAAUCCCGGCUAAACAAGUUACCUCGGUAGCCUUUGGAGGACCCAAUCUGGAUGAACUCUAUGUUACAACAGCGAAGAAGCAAGUGGUAGAUCCGCAGAAUCCACCCGCAGGAGCUACGUUCAAAGUUACAGGGUUAGGAGUGAAGGGCACAACCAUGAAUGAAGUGGAACUAUAGAUUAAAGUACGAUGUGUCAAAGUCCGUUUUUGAAUAGCUAUGUCUCCAUGCAUUACCAUGGGUCAUGUUUAGCUUUAAAACUUUUCCACUGGGUAAUUCACAUUCGUCUGCGUCGUUUCAUUUAACAGCUGCAAUUUAAAUCAGGAAAAAUACCUACAUAUUUAAAAAAUUUCCUUCAGACCGCUACUUCAUGUUUGUUUCUUCGAAGAUCCGUAUCACAACAAUUUAAAAAAAAAAUUCUCCCUAAAUGGAUUUUAAACAGCUGAAAAACAAUAAAUGCAUCUUUUUUUAUUGACAA